GAGCCCUCUACAGAGAUGUUAUGCAGGAGAACUAUGAGACGGUGGUCUUGCUGGGGUUUCCAGUUUCCAAACCUGAUGUAAUCUCACAGCUGGAACAAGGGGAAGAGCCGUGGGUCCCAGAUCUCCAGGGCUCUGAGAAAGAAGUGCUCCCAAGAGCUGCCUGCACUGGGAGUGACCUAUGUCUGGAUCCUCUCUCUCUCCCAUCGGGUGAUGGGAGGGUGAGUGAGAACGAGGAGAAACCCCAGCAGGAAGGUGCUGAGCAAAUAGAAGCACAUGGGACGUUAUCAGGAAGAUCCAAAGGGAACGAUUCCAGGAGUUGUGCACUGCCAGCAAAAGCAAAAACCUCUGAGAGUCAGCACAGGCCAGAGGAAAACUUCAGUAGCCACUCAGACCUUAUUAAAUGUGAAAGAAUUAACUUGGAAGAGACACGCUACACAUGCCAUGAGUGUGGGAAAAGCUUCAAUGUGAGCUCAGACCUUCUCACACAUCAGCGAAUCCACAGAGGAGAGACGCCCUACACAUGCUCUGAGUGUGGGAAAAGCUUCAGUUAUAGCUCGCACCUUAUUAUACAUCAGAGAAUCCACACUGGAGAGACACCCUACACGUGCUCUGAGUGCGGGAAAAGCUUCAGUCAGAGCUCAAACCUUAUCACACAUUACAGAAUCCACACUGGCAUGUCACCCUACAGAUGUUCUGAGUGUGGGAAAAGCUUCAGUCAUAGAUCAGCCCUUAUUAGACACCAGGGAAUCCACACUGGAGAGACACCCUACACGUGCUCUGAGUGUGGGAAAACCUUCAGGCUUAGCUCAGCCCUUACCAUACAUUGGAAAAUCCACAGUGGAGAGACACCCUACACAUGCAAUAACUGCGGGAAAAGCUUCAGUCAUAGCUCAGCCCUUAUUAGACACCGGCGAAUCCACACGGGUGAGAUGCCCUACAUAUGCUCUGAGUGUAGGAAACCCUUCAGGCAUAGCUCAGCCCUUACCAUACAUUGGAGAAUCCACAGCGGAGAGAGACCCUACACGUGCAAUAACUGCGGGAAAAGCUUCAGGCAUAGCUCAGCCCUUAUUAGACAUCAGAAAAUCCACAUGGGCGAGAACUGUAACAAAUGCCUUGACUAGGGCUGGCCAAAGAUUUUUUUUUUUUUUUUAAUCACAUUUGCUAAUUCCCACAUAGUGAUCUCUGCACCAUUUUCACCGUGGUGUCUCAGCUCCCCCAGAUGAGUUGCCUGCUUCUGCCUUUUGCAGCUCACCCUUCUUUAGGGUCAGUCCUGUGAUCUUUUCUAUCCACUCCUUUCCUUUUGCGUCAUAGGAGCGUGUGACCCUCCAGCCAGGAAUGUUCAUCAGCUCCAGGUGGGAGAGAGAGGUUUGAUCCCAACAAGCUACACUGAGGCAAAAACUACCUGUGCCUUACAUCCACUAGGACUGUACAUGGCAUUGGCUGCUCAAGUUAGUGAUCUUGGUGUAAAAAGACAAUUAUAGUUGUAGUGCAGAUGCAGCCCAUGUGCAGUGGUUGGCAUUAGCUUUCCCCUUGACCUGACCUAAACUCCAUGACUUUUCCUAGUCUAAACAAACCCUGAGCAUCACGGUUAUACUGUUCCCCCAGUUCAAAGCAAUUGUUAGUCAUCAAGUUUCCCCUUCAGGAACAAAUUAUCUCAUUCCCAGUUGCUCUGAUGUUGCUUCAGGUUGUGCUGGAGAGCAGAUAUUUCUACCACCAUUUUCCUCACUUAAAAUAUAUUGAACUAUAACAAAGAGCAGGAACAGGGCAAGGAUAGGAAAAAAUGUCAUUUCACCCUCUGUAACAACAGAAGAAGAUAGGGUACGUCAGAGGGAUUUCCUUAUUCCCCAUCACCAUCCCAAUCCCCCUGUUGUUCAAUUGGUUAGGUCAAUAUUUUUUCUAAAUGGCUGGGAAGAGGAUUCCCUAGUAAAUGACUUGCAACUAAGCAAAAUAUCCAUGCAUUUGCCUCCCAAAGCAGUUGUGGCCCAGGCCCUGCAGGAGGUCGCCCCUGAAGAUAUCUCCUUCCUAAUCAGGUGCGUGUUGCCUAUUAUUUGGGAAAUGCAAUCUCUAGCUAGGUAGGGAUGGGAAAAAUGGAAGUGACAUUUCUGUUCAGCUCACCCCUGGGAGGAGAUGCUGCAAAUGUGUAGAAAAUGAAAUCCGUGUUGAGUGUGAUACAGCUGCAGAAAGAAACCUAUUUUUAAUAGAUACCUGACAUUUGGUGUCUUACAGGGUUUCUAAACCACACCUGAAUUUAGUCCCUAAUUUAAAUCUGUGCCACCAGAUUAAAGAAAUAAAAGGGCAUAUUUGGGGAGUUAUACAUCACUAUCGCUAUUGAUAUGUUGGGUGGUUGGUGAAGAAUUCUACGCCAGAGAAGUGUAAAAUUACUCCAAGUAAGGUCAAAGAUUUGACAAGAACUCAGGUAGAAAUUGCAGGUACGAGUGGUUGAUUUUUCACCCCAGAGAUGGAAGCUAUGGUGACUGUGGCCCAGGUAAACUAUUUUUAGAAUAAAGAACAGGAGUACUUGUGGCAUCUUAGAGACUAACAAAUUUAUUAGAGCAUAAGCUUUCGUGGACUACAGCCCACUUCUUCGGAUGCAUGUGAGAGAAAUAGCAUGUACGAGAAUAGAGACCCAAUAUAGACUGUUGUUAUUUCUAUUUCAAAUGGAAUUUAUUUUGAUAAACUUUAAAAUAAAUUUUCUGUUAAGAGGAAAAUUGCUUGAGAUAAGAUGUGUAACCUUUUACUCGGUUAGAGGGUAACAACCACAGAGUUCCCCAAUUCGCUUUUUUGCUAAGCAAAGACACAUCAGCCAGGAGAGGUCCGAAUUUAAAAUGGUGAUGGAUGCAGGAUGAUUUAUUUUUGCAACUAGUUAUUUUUAUGGGUGUUGAGGCCCCUUUUCCUUUGGAGGAGGCCAGCUGUUAGAGCCCAGCCAUUUAACCCUCAGGCCUGGCCAUGGAAACCUCCCCAUAACUGGCCUUAUGUUUCUUUCAUGUUUGAUACCUUUGGGGUUCGCACGUCCACACUACAUGCGGUUUAUGACACCAGAUAUUUUGAGAAAACUGCUGGGUUAAGCGGGGCUAUUCCAAACUGACAUUGGCCCAAACUCUGCCUCAUUUCAAUUGGAGUGGGACACGUCUGUAUCAAAGGAUUAGUUCACACCUGAUUUGCCCAGAGACCUCGGGGGAGGUGUAGUAAGGUGGGGUAAGCUGGAAUCUACAACAAUAAAGUUAAAGGUAAGGGUGGAAGUCCUUCAGUUUUCAGAUCAACACGCCUGUUCUGUUCAUUCCCUCUGGACCAUCUGGCACUGGUCACUCUCAGGCAGCAUACUGGGCUAGAUGGACCAUUGGUCUGACCUAGUAUGACCAGUCUUGCGUUCUAUCUUAUGUAAGUCAUCUAAGAGAGACUGACUGCCAGGAUCCCAGGACUGAUCCCCUCUGGGGAAUGAAGCACAACAGCGACAGGCUAUGCAGCCUUCACUAAUCUCCCUGUACCUGAAAAGCCUGCAACCGGAAGUGCUGGACCAUCUAUGUCAUUACCUGAUUCCUAAACUGCAGCUACAGUUCCUACUCCAUGUGAAUCCAAAGACAAAGAGCUGCAGAGAUCCAACCCCUUGUAAUCUUUGAAAUGUAUUUUCCUUUUUCUAUUUUUAUCUGUUUUUUUAUGAAGGUGGAGCCUUCCCAGCCUUUCUACUAGAUUGGGGUGUAACAGUGUGGCUCAGUGGGGGUGAGUGUGUGAAUGCCUCUGAAAUCUACACAGGGAAAAUGUUAGGACAAAUAGUUCCCCAAAUCUUAAUAGCCUUAAAACUCUUCCCUAUGAAAUGACUGAAUGCAUGCUCCUCACCUAUGGAAGCAUUGCAAGGAAUUGAGCUGUCUGAUAUAAAUUGUUCAGUGAGAGCUAUUUGAACAUGUUACUAAUGUCUCAAUAAGGUCUGUAUCUGUGUUUUGGGGUGAGAGGGUGAUGAGAAGUAUUAGCUACACAAUAGUGAAAUCUAAGGAGAAAACUAAUUAGCUUUGAGGUUGUAGGCUAAAUGUAAGCAAUAAUUUGGAUUUGGUAUUGAAAUAUUCAGCUGUCUAAAUCUGGAAUGCACUGCCUGGGUGAAAAUCUCUGAUUGGGGUUUCAGCAUCACUAAAUACGCACCUGCCUCCAUGGGUUGCUGUUUUAGGAUUUAUAAGGGUUGAUUUUCUGCUAUAUUUAUCAGAUGGUUUGACUAAAUUGACGACUUGAUUCCAAUGCAAUAUCCUUGUUAACUGCCUGAUUUACUGAUUUGCCCUGAACUUUGUCACUGUAUUGUUUAACCGUUAGUUAGCUGAGUAGUAUUUAUAGUCAUUUAGCCUUACUGAAGUGUGUUGUUGGUUUUAUUUGUUCAUGUUAAUAAAACAUGUGUGACGCUCUGUACCUCAGGGAAACACCCAGCACCCCCUUGUUCAUCCUUGUAAAAUGAUUGUGUGGUAUCCAAUGCAAAGUUUGUCACGUUGGGUGUCUUCGGAAGGUUCAUGAUGCACUGAGC